AUGUAUAUGCAGGGAGUAGAUAAGUUGGGAGUGGCAAUAAAAGGGAUGUACAAAACUAUCCAAAUCCCACAAGUUUGGAAGCCUUCACUCUACAUGUACAUGUCUUUAGCUCUCAGUAUUAGCACUCAUGAAGGGCAGUUUUACUGGUACACUAAUCCUAAAGCUGGUCCUGCGUUCUCUCAGGAACUAGUUGGGAUGAUUUAUGCAUUUGGUGCAAUGGCUUCAAUAGUUGGAGUUCUAAUAUAUCACAAAGUUCUUAAAGACUACCCCUUUAGAAGCUUACUUUUUUUUGCCCAACUCCUUUAUGGCCUCUCUGGAAUGCUAGACCUUGUUUUCAUUCUUCGAUGGAAUUUAGCACUUGGGAUUCCUGAUUACUUCUUUGUGGUUAUGGAGGAAUGUGUCUCUCGGAUCAUAAGCAGAAUAAGAUGGAUGCCGAUGAUGGUGUUGAGCUCCAGACUUUGUCCCUUAGGCAUUGAAGGGACGUUUUUCGCGCUAUUGAUGUGCAUUGAUAGCCUUGGCUCAGUCUCUUCCAAGUGGGGUGGAGGCAUGGUUCUUCAUGUGUUGCAUGUCACCAGAACUGACUUCAACAACUUGUGGCUGGCAGUUCUAAUAAGAAACGUGUUGAGAAUUGCCACAUUAGGUUUGAUUUUUCUCGUUCCAAACGUCGAUCAGUCGGAUCUUUUGAUUCCUACUGAUGUUUUGACAAUGACUAAAACCGAAAGUACAGAACAUGAUGGGUUGCAACUUGUUCCUUUGAAGGAGAAAGUUGAAGUAUAA